GCCCAUAUACACAACCGUCAUUUUGUUUUGCAAAUCUCGUUAUAAAUAACAGCGGCUUUCCAAAGCUAGGGUUUCCAACAGGGCAUUUUUCGGAUUUCUGUUAAUACUUAAUCGGUCGCUCUCCGCCGCAACAAUGGUGAACGUUCCAAAGACGAAGAAAACCUACUGCAAAUCAAAGGAGUGCAGAAAGCAUACAUUGCAUAAGGUUACACAGUACAAGAAGGGAAAAGAUAGCUUAGCGGCUCAGGGGAAACGUCGUUAUGACCGCAAGCAGUCAGGUUAUGGUGGACAGACCAAGCCUGUCUUCCACAAGAAGGCAAAAACAACAAAGAAGAUUGUACUGAGGUUGCAAUGCCAGGGCUGCAAGCAUGUAUCCCAGCAUCCAAUUAAGAGGUGCAAGCAUUUUGAGAUUGGUGGAGACAAGAAAGGAAAGGGAACUUCUCUUUUCUAGGCAUGCUUUCAAGGAAACUGAAAUAUCUUUCAUUUGUUUUGUUAUGUGAAGUUUACAUCUAGCAGACCAUUUUUACUAAAAUAUUAGCUGAAUUGUUUGACAGCCUGUUGUUUCUGCUUUUAAAUUUGAUGUUGACAUUUACUUCUCUUAUGCGAUGGGUUACUUGAUCCUGAGGAAACUUGCCGUGUUUUGAUCCUAAUGGUCAAAAUAUGGUAAUAUUGGCAGUAAAAUUUCAUGAGCUCGCUUAGUCUUUCAA